AUGAUAGCUGUUUUGGCUUUGAGUCUUGUUCUACUGAGUUCACCGGCAGCCGCAGUGAAAGAUUCCGUUAUAGUGAAAGAUGGUCAUAGGGUCGUAGUCGUUGAAUACGACGAAGAUGGCAAACAUAACACCAAAGUCUCCAUCUCAUCCCCGUCGCUACAGCAGCAGACAGAACCAAGGGAAUAUGUUGUGGACGGAACUACGAAAGAAGCAGCGCCCGCGCUUCCCAACGUUGGCCGUGACAAAGAUGGUUCCCGGAAGCAUUCACCGGGGGAACUUAUCUGUGAUGCUUUCGGUAAAUGUACUCACAUAACCUCCACAGCCUUUGGAAAAGCCAAAGAUAAGAUUUCAGAGACAGCACAUGAUGCUAACAAGGUUAAAGACGAAGCUUCAGACAAGGUUAAAGACAUGGUUUCGGAGACUGCACAUCCAAUAAAGGGGGCUGUCGGCGAUGCUAUAGACAAAGCAAAAGAGGCGGUGGUGCAAACGGGCCAAGAUGUUAAAGAAAGAGCGAAGGAGUCCAUCGAUAAGGCUAAGGACACUGUGAAAGAAGCAAAGGACAAGGCCAAGACGAUGGGGGAUGAUAUAGUGAAAAAUGGAGCAGAGAGAGUGCAAAACAUUCAAAAAAAGGCCGAGGAAGCACAACGAGCUACAGACAAGUUAUUUGACGGCUUGAAGUACAUCACUUCAAUGGAGGCGCUGAAUACAGUGAUGGGUUUGGCUAACUUACUUGGAUUAGCUACAGCGUAUGGGAUGAGUGUGUGGGUUACGUUCAUUUCGAGCUAUGUACUGGCAGAACAUCUCCCGAGACAGCAGUUCGGAGUGGUGCAGAGCAAGAUAUACCCUGUUUACUUCAGGGCAAUGGCUUAUAGUAUUGGGUUAGCUUUGUUGGGGCACUUUUUGUGGCACAGGAAAAAAUCGAUCUCAAGCUGGCCAGAGAUGUUUCAAUCUUUUAAUCUUUUGUCAUCCCUUUUCAUGGUUCUGGUUAAUGCACUGUAUUUGGAGCCUAAUGCUACUAAGGUGAUGUUUGAGAGGAUUAAAAUGGAGAAGGAAGAAGGGAGAGGAAGACCUGACUUUGCGGCAGAGGGGAGCAGGACCAUUGAGACACCAAAUGUUGCAGAUCCAGCAUCUAAAAUUAGCAGGAAAGGCCCCUUACCGGCACCCGCAGCAGCACCCAUCGGUUCGGAAGAUGAAGUGAUGAAGCCAAGAAUGGUUAGGCUGAAUAUGAGGUUGAAGAAGCUAAACACAAACUCAUCGGUGCUUAAUAUUCUCACACUAAUGGCUCUCACCUGGCAUCUUGUUUACCUUGGCCAACGCCUAACCGAAACCUGUUGA